UAAAGAAGAAGAGCAGUGUAGAGGAGAGGCAGUCAGAUUAGACGACGCAACGGCGCUGAAAAAACUCCAGUGGAAACGCACACAGACGCGGCUCUUCUCCACAUAAAUACGCAUUAUAUUAUUUAAGUUUGCUUUGUCUAAUUGGAGCGAUCGAAAGGCUGUCCAGUGGAGAGGACGUGCGUGAAAAUCCAGGGCGCGAGUUUUCACCGGAGAGGAGAGCGAAGAGCGUGAGAAACUGCCGCCAGCACAUCCCGAUUCCCAAUUGGACACAGCCAGGAGUGGAGAGCGUUCCAAUAGGAGUACCGCAGCUGCAGCCCCAACAACAACAACAUGGCGCUGGACAGUGGGACGCAAACGAAUGCGCUGACAUCAUCCUUUACCACGAAGAAAAAGGAUGCGGCCGCGGAAAAGGAGAACCUAUGGUCAGCGAUAUUGAAUGAAGUACAAACACAGGGCAGCACAAAACUUCCAUCAAACAAAUCUGUACUAGUAUUAGGCGACAAUGCCACCGGAAAGACGACACUCAUUGCCAAACUGCAGGGCGUCGAGGAUCCGAAGAAGGGUUCCGGCCUGGAGUAUGCCUACAUUGAUGUCAAGGAUGAGUACAGAGACGACAUGACGCGUUUGGGCGUUUGGGUCCUGGACGGCGAUCCAGGACACACAAACCUGCUACACUAUGCGCUCAACGAAACGAACUAUGCACACACACUCGUCAUCCUCACCGUUUCGAUGACGCAGCCGUGGGGCUGGCUGGAGCAGCUUAACCAUUGGAUCAAGGUCCUGGGCCAGCACAUUGAGAGCCUGCAGCUGGACGCCAAAGAGAAGGAGGCGGCCCGCCAGCGACUGGCCACCACGUGGCAGAGCUACUGCGAGGUGGGCGAUGACCUGGAUCCGGGCUCCCCAGUCAAGCGGACGAUGCGCAACAACUCGAUCGACGAGGAUGACCUGCUGCCGCUGACGGAGGACGCACUAAUUACAAAUCUGGGCCUCGACAUCGUUGUUGUGGUCACAAAGACGGACUACAUGACCACGCUGGAAAAGGAGUACGAGUAUCGUGACGAGCACUUCGACUUCAUCCAACAGUGGAUACGUAACUUCUGCCUGCGGCAUGGCACUUCGCUCUUUUACACGAGCGUCAAGGAAGACAAGAACUGUGAUGUCCUCUACAAGUAUCUGACGCAUCGAAUUUAUGGUCUACCAUUCCGUACGCCAGCGCUAGUCGUUGAGAAGGAUGCGGUACUCAUUCCGGCUGGCUGGGAUAGCCUGAAGAAGAUUAGUAUUUUGUACGAGAAUAUGCAUGGAGUCAAGGCCGAGAAUCCCUACACAGAUAUUAUUAAAUCGCCACCAACUAGAAAGGCGGUUUCCAAUCGCGAGGCGGAAGUGCAGACGGAGGAUGAGCAGGCAUUCCUGGCUCGCCAGCAGGAGAUCCUCAAGCAGGGCGACCAGGUGCGCGGUGAGUCGCCACUGCGAUCGCAGGGCGUGGGCAGCAAUAAGAGCGGACCCCGAACGCCCGGCACCGCAGGACAGAGUUCACCCAAAAAGAUUGAUCCCAAGCUGACGCCAGCCACGCCCGGCGCCGAAGGCGUUUUGGCCAACUUCUUUAACUCGCUGCUGCACAAAAAGUCGGGCAGUCCGGCGAGCGGCGGUUCCGGUGGAGCCGGUAAUCCGGCGGGUUCGGGUCGCACUGCCAACGGCACGGAUGCAGUAAUGACGCCCGAGAAGCUGGCCGUGCGCACAGAUGCGGCCGCCGAGUUGGACCGAUUAUCGCGCAGUGUGAAAAAGGAGAUCGACAUGUCGCAGAGUGAGUGUUGAGCCGUAGUCAACCAGGAGUAGCAACACAGACACCACAGCAAAACAGGAGCGGCAGCAGCAACAAGAGAACCACAACAACAUGAAAACGUUAUUAAAGCAUCAAGUGAAGAGCAUCAGAGACUCGUAGACAGUUGCUGGAUAGCCACGAAAGAGAUCAUAAUUUGGAACAGCUGCAGGAUCAUCCAAUGGUCCGCAAGUUGGUGUACGGGCUUUUAUCAGUUUCGGGUGGUUGCUCUUAAGUUGUUAAAAUCACCGGAAAGUGAUCAGUGCCCAGAGAUUGUUCUUUAUUACCCACUUCAAAUCUUUCUGGUACUCAUUUGAUGAGUCCCAAAACCACUAGUGAUCCUUUUUACGAGCCUUCUGCUUUAUACACAAACACUUUCGAUAGGAAAUAUAACAAAAAACAAAAACGAAACAAAACGGAAACUAGCAAUGAAAACAUUUGAGACAUUCGCCACUUAAUGGAUUAGCUUAGAAAAAAUGUUUUCUAUUUGAAAAAGGGAUAUUGUCUGCGAGGCAUCUUGUACUCCUCCCUGCGCAGCUAGCCCCGCUCUGCAUGUGUUUAAAGGGCCUUGGCGAAGGUGAAAGAGAGAGGAUUAUGAUAAUGAUAAUGAUUAUGAUUAUGAUAAGGAUAAGGAUAAAGUGAAGUAGGUUUUUUUUUCGUUCGCGGGUCCACACACACAUUUGUAUAAUAAAUUAUUUAAAGAGCUGUAAAAUGUAAUUAACAAACGGCAGACAAACGAGAGAUUCGAACAAUUCACGAUCCUUGCGAUGCGUAUGGUUUGCUCCUAGCCUGUAUGUAUUUUUUAAUUAUAUUAAUUAUUAACACACACACACCCACUCACACUUGUGUUGAUUCGUUAGGCGAGACGUUUACAUUAGUAUUUAUACCAGGAGAAUUCGAGGCGCUCCUCCAUUGUCGUGUGUACAUUUUAAGUUAGCCCACGAUUUGCGUUUUAUUUGCUUUUGUUCCAACCCGAACCCAAACCCAAAUCCAAUCAAUCCGAUUCAAUGCAAUCAACGAAGCCCAUUGUAUUUAAUUUAAUGCCUCAAUGCCUUCGAUUUUAAUGUAGACCUCUUUCGUUAUCCGCUCCAGAAGGGAAACCGCUGUCCGUCUCCAUUUUAAAGCCAGUUUUUAUUUAAGCCAUUUUAAACGAGCGCGGACCACGAACGAUGCGCAUGCAUGUGUCCUGAGUGAGGAGACCAAGUUAACAAGGCUGGAUCGCAGCUCGUCCUUGGCCCAGGCGAAGAUUACUCUAUUUUACUAUGAUUUAUAUAUUUAGAAUUUGAAUCGAGAAGAAGCUUUCCUUUUGCCAUAUGUAUUCCACCAAAUGUAUGUAUGCUCUUCUCGUCGGGAGAUAUAAUUUCCAUAAUUUUCAACAAUUUUCCAAAAAUGUUCCAUAUCCUCUCAACUUCUCUUGCUCCCGCAUUCAACUCUUUGCCUCUCGCUCUUUGCCGUGUGUCGUCAGAAGCAACCACAAAAAAUAUAAUUAACAACAAAACAAAAAACGAAAAAAUAACUGAAUAACUUGUGCUACAGAAACUAUUUUUAUGUAUAAAUACAAAAUAAUUAUAUUAAAUAUAUUGUAUAACAUUAUAUAUAAAUAUAUAAAAAGAAAACCCAGAGCAAAUUAAACCUUGAGCAAGCGAAUUAUUUAAACAAAUUGAUCGGUAUUCGAAAACUCCCAAACAAAGAACAAAGCUAAAAAAAACACACACACAAGUAACUUAAUGUAAAUUAAAUAAACAACAAAUAUAGGCAAGAAAUCAGCGUCGAAAAUUGCAACAAAAAAGUAAAAUAAUUUAAAUAAAUUUUCCAAAAACACAACAAAACAA